GAUGUUCAGACUGAUGGAGACCAACAGGAUCAGUGAUGGAACUAAAGGUUCAUCUUCUAAACACUGACAGGAAGGAGGUGUUACUGAUGUUAUGACUUGUUUCAUACUUUAUAUUUUUCAUAAACUUUGUAGAAACCUGUUUUCACUUUGACAUGAAAGAAUCUAAUUUCACUUCAGUCAGACGUUAAGUUUCAUUUUAUGCUCAAAUAUUGUGAAAGAACAAAUUACUGUUUGUAAAACUCCACAAAGCUGCACCUCAACGUGUCCUCAGCUGCUUUCUGUUCGACCUCAUUCACCUGCAGCUCAUCGGGACAUUAAACUGAGACGGAGCUUCGUCUGCCAGCAGCCUCUAAACGGUCUCAGCAGCUCGCAGGAGGUUCAGCGUCCGGCGGGUUGAACCGUCCGUUCACAGUCGGCUGCAGCAGCUCGACCGGCUGCACUCUGCCUGAUGAAUGUUUGAAGAGCGGCGGCUCAUGUUCUGACUGUUCUGCUCCGGUUGGUUCUUCUGCUCCUCAGGCUCGGAGGUCCGUCUGGUCUGCAGAGGCCACUUCCCCAUCAUCCAGCACAACCCGGCCUGGGAGAUGUGGUGGACGGUGGACGGGAAGACGCUGGACAAGCUGGGCGACCAGCGGUUCUCACAAAACAACAGCCAGGUGAAGUACGACUACGGGGACCGGACCAUGGAGAACGUCCUGCUGAUCCAGGACUUCCUGUCCGAGGACCUGAACAAGGAGUUCAACUGUUCUGUGAGGAACGAGAAAGGCUUCGAGACCCGGAGGGCUCAGCUGCAGGAGGAAGGUGAGGAACCGAGGAGCCGGCGAUGAGAACCAAGACGCUCUGAUGUUCGCUGGAACUUUAGUUUCACUUUCUGUUUCUGUUCAUGUGUUUUAUUUGUUGAAUGAAGUCGUCUCU